AAUUAAUCAGAUGAAAUUAGUACUAGUAUUAAUUUUAGGUUUCAUAGCCUCUAUUUCGGCAAACGGUAUCACAGUUGAUCUUGGCAGCACUGCUUUUGGAGAUAAAUUCGAAAUGACAUCUGUAAACUACGGUCAGUUUAUGAUUGGGUUCAAUGCCAGAGUAUCUGAAUCUCUUCAAGCGAACCAAACUUUGGAGAUCGUAUGUGGUCAGACUGGAUCAGAUUUCAAGGUUUUGGAUGGAUCAAAGGCUUUUGCAUUUCAAAUGCACUGCAAAAAUCUCUCUGAAGGAUGUGAAAACCCAUCAGCUGAGAAAUUCUAUUCAUCAAGCAUCUCUCCUUACUCCUCUGGUUACAUUUGGGAAAAGGAAGGAUAUGAUUUAGGAAAGUAUUGGGUAUCUGGAACUUAUGGCCCUUUCUUUACCUCAGCCAAUUAUAAUAUUAUGGAGAGACAAGCAUGGAAGACCAACUUUCCAUUAUGGGAUGAGACGACUCACUUAGUGUGUCUCUCUCAAAAAUCUAGCCUUGGUGAACAAGGGACUACAGAUUUUACAAACUACGUUCAAUUGAAGGCUGACCAAUUUACAAAGCACAAUGUAGUGUUCUCUCCAAGCUCGGAGUCUAUCAAAGAUCUCCUAAUGUAAGUCUUGAAGAAUUGGCUUGGAGCACUAUUUUAAAUGCACUCUUUGAAAAAAGAUGCUUUUCAUUCUCGGAGUUUUAAGCUAAUUACUUGAUCACAAUUUACUUACAUUUUAGCUCUUAUA